GUCCCGCAGGCGCAGGCCUAUUGCGAGGGCCGCUUCGGGCAGUGGGACCCCAUGAUCACCACCCUGCCCGGCCUCUACCUGGUGUCCGUGGGCGUCGCGCGGCCCCUGGCCUGGCUCUUCGGCUGGACGGGCAGCAUCGCGUGCUCCACUGGGAUGCUCCGCUUCAUCAACCUGCUUUUCAGCAUCGGGAACUUCUACCUGCUCUACCUGCUCUUCUCCAAGGUGCACCCCAAAAGUAAGGCCGUGUCUGGUUUCCAGAGAAUCUUGUCUACAUUAACUCUUGCACUGUUUCCCACACUUUAUUUUUUUACAUUCCUUUAUUAUACGGACCCAGGAUCAGUAUUUUUUACUCUCUUUUCAUAUUUAAUGUGCCUUUAUGGUAACCAUAAAACUUCAGCUCUGCUUGGUUUUUGUGGCUUCAUGUUUCGUCAGACAAAUAUUGUAUGGACAGUUUUUUGUGCAGGAAAUGUUAUUGCAGAAAAGCUGAAUGAAGUCUGGAAGACAGAGUUACUAAAAAAGAAAGAUGAAAAGAUUUCGUCCAUUAAAGGAUCAUUUUCAGAUCUGAUCAGAGUAUUACGCUUUCUUAUUGAGUACCUCACAUCACCUCAAAAUUUAAUUAAGCUUAUUGCUCUAACUUGGCCGUAUAUCAUAAUAGUAGUUGUGUUCUUUGCUUUUGUCUUCAUCAACGGUGGAAUAGUUGUUGGUGACAGAAGCAGCCAUGAGGCCUGUUUGCACUUUCCUCAGCUCUUCUAUUUUCUGUCAUUUACUCUCUUUUUUUCCUUCCCCCAUUUAUUGACCCCUACUAAAAUCAGGAAAUUCCUCCAGACCUUACGGAAGCACCCUCUGCAGUACAGCUUAAUUGCUGUCAUCUCGUUAUUCCUUAUCUGGAAAUUUACCUAUGUUCAUAAGUAUUUACUAGCAGAUAACAGGCAUUAUACGUUCUAUGUCUGGAGAAAAAUCUUCCAAAGACAUGAGCUUGUAAAAUACAUGUUAGUUCCAGUCUAUAUGUUUGCUGGCUGGAGUUUUGCUGAUACCUUGAAAUCAAAAUCAAUAUUCUGGGUUUUACUGUAUUUUGUAUGUUUAUUUGCUGUUACAGUUCCUCAAAAGUUGCUAGAAUUUCGUUACUUUAUUUUGCCAUACUUAAUAUAUAGGCUUAAUAUUCCAUUUCCAUCUCUUUACAAACAACUUCUAGAGCUAGCUUUUUAUAUUUUUGUGAAUGUAGCAACAUUUUAUCUUUUUCUAAACAAAACAUUUCAGUGGCCAAAUAGUGAAGAAGAACAGAGGUUUAUGUGGUGAUUUUUUUUUUUUGGUACCUUUAUUCCUUUAGGAAAACCCAGUUCUAUUUCAGGGCUAUAGACCCUGGAAUAAAUAGUGUGCAUUACAUUAUGUA